UUAAUUCUUACCAUGCGCGAAGGCCACCAUCGCAGAGCGCGCAGGAGAGAGAACACAAAAAAAAAAAAAAAAAAAACUACAAUGGCGAGGGAGCGAGCGAUGUACGAAGAAAAGAAGGCGGGGAGGAGAAAAACGUUAAACGACGCCAAAAAGUCUCCUUCCAUCGGUGGCUCCUCUUCCCCCACACUCCACGUUAUGACGAAGGAAAGAAGCCUUCGAGCUUCCAAGAAAAGGCAAAGACGAUGAGAAUAAUAGGAAAUCUUUUUAUAAACAGAAACAUUCCAUUUUAACGAAGUGGAAAAAAAAAAAGAAAAGGAAAGAACGAUUAAAACCCUUCCUAUUUCUUUCCCGCAGCUUCGGGUAUUAAAGCUGCUGGAUCCCACCUUCUCUCUGUUUCACCUCUGUUUUGGAAUUGUCGUUGGUUUUUAAUUUUUAUUUAUAUGAGGAGGAGGUUAACAUCCUGUGAUUCUCCUUCACGAGGAGUGGAUAGGAUUGUUUUUUUGCUGGAGCGAAUUUGGUGGUGGAUUGUUUCUGGGCUUAGUUUCAUCAAAUCUUUUGUUUGUUAGCAUUUGGAGUGUUUGGUUCGUUAUAAAAAAAAAGGGAUCUUUUGUUUGGGUGUGAGGGGAUGGGGAGUGGUGGUGGGAUGGGGUUUUGCUCUCUUGGUUGGCCGUGUUGGGAUGCAGAGAGAAGGGAGAUGAGGGCAACGUAGAUCAUUAGGGUUAGGGUUCGAUUUGGAGGGAGAAUUGUUUAGGGUUGGAGAUUUCCCGUUGGGUUUAGGAUUGAAGCCAUAGAUGAGCUGCUUUUCUUGUUUCGGCCCUCGCCGGAGGAAGACCAAGACCGACAGCAGGAUUGAUGACAGUACGGACGCCAGAUCGAAUGCCUGCGUUUCUGUCGAUUCCACAGAGAGUGGGCAGAAGGCAUCUCAGAGCGGUGCACGGAGCUUCGCAUUCCGAGAUCUCGCGAUGGCCAGCCAGAAUUUCAAGGUGGCCAAUUUGAUCGGCGAGGGGGGCUUCGGAAGGGUCUUCAAAGGCCGCCUCGAUUCCGGAGAGGCAAUAGCCAUUCAGCAGCUCAAUCACUAUGGGCUCCAGGGGAGUAAAGAAUUCUUAGUGGAAGUUCUCAUGCUGAUCAUGCUGCGGCACGAGAAUCUUGUCAGCCUAAUCGGAUAUUGUGCAGAGGGGGAUGAGAGGCUGUUAGUUUAUGAAUAUAUGCCACUGGGUAGCUUGGAAAAACAAUUAUUUGAUUUAUCACCUGGAAAACAACCUCUUGACUGGAACGCACGGAUAAAGAUUGCUGUUGGUGCUGCAAAAGGACUCACAUAUUUGCAUGAUGUAGCAAAUCCACCUGUUAUCUAUCGUGACCUGAAGGCUGCUAAUGUCUUAUUCGACAAUGACUUCACCCCCAAGCUUUCUGAUUUUGGACUUGCUAAACUUGGACCUGUUGGUGACAACACACACGUCUCAACAAGGGUGAUGGGAACGUAUGGUUACUGUGACCCUGAAUAUGCUAACAGUGGUAAGCUGACCAUAAAAUCUGAUGUCUAUAGCUUUGGUAUGCUUCUAUUGGAGCUGAUUACUGGACGAAGGGCAUUUGACUCUACAAAGACAGGAGGAGAUAAGAAUUUGAUGACAUGGUCACGUCCUUUUCUUAACGAUAGGCGGAGGUUCACACAACUGGCCGAUCCAUUGCUACAAGGUUGCUACCCUAAGCGUGCCUUCAAACACCUGGUUGUUGUUGCCUCAAUGUGUCUGCAGGAUCAUGCCCGUGUUCGUCCCAUCAUGGGUGAUGUUGUGUUUGCUCUCAACCAUAUAGCAUCUCAGCCCUACAUCCCAGAACAUGAUUCCAAGAUCAUGAACUCCCCUCCACCACCCUCACCUUCACUGGAGGCUGCUCUUACAUGCUCUAGAGGACGCAACCUUGUAAGGAGGCCCUCCAAUUUUCAAGCUGGGGUAUAGUGCUCGUAUACAGUCUUCAUGUUCAUGGUAUGCAACUUCAUUACAGCAUAGCUUAGAACAAGGUAGAAAAGAAAAGGAUCAGAUAUAAUUUUGAUCCAAUGUAGCCAUGUUUUGACCUUGUCCUUUAUUUUAGCCAUCAAAUUUUUACAUUUUAAUCAAUCUAUAUUUAUAUUCUGGGUCUAUCAGAGGUUUGUCGGCCUGGCUAGCACUUACAUCUGAAGCUAUUCCAUGCAUGGAAACAGCAAGAUAUUUGAUAACAGGCAAUUCCAAUCCAGAUCUUGCAGCUGCACUUAAAGAUAAUGGAGACAGGAAAAUUGUCUUUAAUUGAACUCUUGAAGAAAGAAUGGACUGAUGGCAUUUAAUUUUUUUCUUUGUUUUAUUCGGUAGUUGUGUUUACAAUUAAUGCAUUUUUCUUUGUAGUUAA